AUGUCGGCUGCUAAUAAAAACAAAAAAAAUUAGCUGUCAUUGAAUAUCUUUCUAUAAAACAUCGAAUAUGAAUUGUUUGCAUAGAUGGCGAAAAUGGAUUCGACCUCUAGUGAUACUUGUGUAUAUAUGUAUUUUAGUAAUAGCCCUCCCAUUGCUAAUAGUGAAGCUGUAUAGAAAAGAUACACCCGAUCACGUAAAGGGAUGGUUUGUGGGAGGCAUCUUCGCUUUGUUGUCGUUGCCAAUAUCACUAUGGGGCAUACUACAACAUUUAGUUUAUUUCACUCAACCAGUUCUGCAGAAAAAUAUCAUCAGAGUUUUAUGGAUGGUACCAGUUUACGCACUUAAUGCUUGGUUGGCUUUACUGUUUCCAGAAGCUGCGAUAUAUCUGGAUACUAUAAGAGAAUGCUAUGAAGCGUAUGUUAUCUAUAACUUCAUGAGUUUCUUGUUGAACUACCUACGACAAGAUCAUCCAUAUUUAGAAUAUGACCUUGAAAAUAAACAACAAGUGAAACAUUUUUUCCCAUUUUGUUUAUUGCCACCAUGGCCUAUGGGGAGACCAUUUGUAGAGAGAUGUAAACAUGGUGUAUUACAAUAUACAAUAGUUAGACCCUUGACAACAGUUAUUGCACUAUUUUGUGAAUUUGGUGAUAAAUAUGAUGAAGGGGAUUUUAACUUUACAUCAGCUUGGUCGUAUCUAGUCAUAAUAAAUAAUGUUUCUCAAAUUUGGGCCAUGUAUUGUCUGGUUUUGUUCUAUAAAUUAACUAAAGAAGAACUAAAACCAUUAAAACCUCUACCUAAGUUUAUGUGUGUAAAAGCGGUUGUUUUUCUCUCAUUCUGGCAGAGUGUUGUAAUAGCUGCUCUAGCUAAACUUGGAGCCAUACCACAGCAGGGACCCUGGUUAUUUUAUCAUUCUAUUAAAGAAGUAGCUACAGGAUUACAGGAUUUUUGUAUUUGUAUUGAGAUGUUUUUUGCUGCUAUAGCCCAUUAUUAUUCCUUCUCUCACAAACCAUAUAUGGACAUGGCGGCUGAUAGAUCUAGUUGCUGUUCAUCUUUUCUCUCCAUGUGGGAUGUCUCGGACGUCCACAGUGAUGUCAUGGAGCAUGCACGAUUUAUUGGUACCGGUGUUCAGAGGAAACUAAGAAACAAAUUCCGAUCUCGGGGAAAUGAACGAGAACCACUUCUCACUAAUAACCAACAACCUGAACGAUCAGCACAACAAAUCAUGGAACAAGGUCAUGAUGAAGGUCAAUCAUCAGAGGUUGAAGGUCGCCCACAUACUCCACCUAUUAUAGUCCAUGAUGAGUUUAUGGCAUCAAUGAAAUCCGAAACUCAAACAGAAUGGGAUGGAUCAUCGAUAGACCAACAAGAUAGCUUUGUGAAUCAAGAUCAACGUGGAACGGCAAGUUUGAAUAAUUACGCAGAUUUUAGUACUAGCGUAGAAGUUACGCAAGUUAAAGAAUUCGAGAGACAAACCCUUUCCGCAAAGAGUGAAACACCCAGUGAAGAAAAACUCAUAGACUUUGAGACUGGUAAUUCUGAUAUAAAUAAUAUAGAAACGUUAACCAGUGUUCAACAAGAAGCAACAUGUUCAAAUAAAAACAGUGCUAAAGAGGAGAAAGAAAUGGUGGAGAAUGCUAAUGAUGAAAAAGAGACUGCGGAAAGUGAUAAAGAGGAGAACGAAACUGUGAAAAGUGCAAAAGGGGAGAUAGAAACUGUGGGAAGUGAAUCACAAAAUGAGCAAAAUAAAACAAAAUAAAAACAUUAAUAAACAAGAAAACAGAACAAACUGUACAGGUAUACAGCACAGUAUGUCAGAACCCAUCUCGACAAAAAACAUCCUAAUCAGGGUGUAUAAAGUUGUUAUCAGCACCCUAAUCACAUAUGUCGAAAGUAGUAUCAGGUGUUCCUGAUGGUCUAAGCAUACCCUGCUAUGUACAUGACACCAGUCACAAAUUGUAGCCAUGAUUCUAUAACUAAUAUUUAUAAGGUGGUGAAACGUAAUGAGGCAUUAUGCUAAACUUGCCUGUUGCUGGGUUUGUUUCUGGCUUCAAAUGUUAAAUUAUUAGUUAGACAUUUAUUCACACGGCAAGCCUACACGUAUAAUCAACCAACUCUCUAGACCACCUCAGGAUUUAGAUAUUAAAUGGAUUAAACAAUGGUCGCCAUAUUUGGGUUAAACACUAAUAUGGCUGAUACUGCUGUUAAAGGACCGUUUAUUAUCAUGGCAAAGUUAUUUGACAAUCGAGAAUGUAACUGUCAAUCAGAGAUGAUUCAUGGCUAUUCUUGUUAAAAUUUCAAACAUCAUUAACUUUGCUCAGAAUAAAGUAAUUUGACUGAAAUUUUCAAUACAUGUACAUUUUAUUAUUCAUUAUUUAUGUUUGAGCUGUUAUAGCAAGAAUGGCCAACUCUUUAUCUAAAUCUCAUGUAAUGUAUGUUUAAGAAGAAAUGUAUUUAUUAUACAUUUACAUGUAUAUUCUAAUGUUUUAUUUCGCUGGAUGGUUGUGAUUUUAUAGACAUUGAGGCCUAUUUUAACAUGAUUUGUAACAUUGUUAUUAUUAUGAUAUAGCAUGAUGUAGCAAUAAUGAGGCCUAUUUUAACAUGAUUAGUAACAGCGUCAUUGUUAUGAUAUAAUGAUGUAGAAGUAGACAUUGAGACUUAUUUUAAAGCGAGAAUUUCAUAUUUUCUAAGAAAGUCAAAACAUAAUUAUUUCUAUGUAUUUUGCUCAAUAGGUUGUCAACUCACUAUUAUACGAUCAUAGGUAUCAUUUUCACACUUAGAAAUCAUUGACCCUGGAAAUAAUAACACCAUUACCUCCCUUGUUUUUAUAUUCCCCCCAUGUAAUAGCUAUCUUCAAACAUUUGAAUUUGAAGUUAAAAAUGGUAUUUUUGCCAAUUUCUCAACUGGCAAUAGUGAAUUAUAGGAUUAAUAGGGUUAUUCUUUAACAAGGUAGGACUGUUUAUAGAUACCAUCUAUUUUAAGGCUUUAUUUUAAUACAUUUUAAAAAUAUAACUUAAAAAUAUAAAAUUUUCGCUUUAACAUGGUUAGUAACUUUAUCAUCGUUAUGAUAUAGUGGUAUGUAGAAGUAGACAUUGAGGCCUAUUUUAACAUCAUUAGUAACAUUGUCAAGCGAUCCUACUCCUUGUCACAUACAAGCGGUAAAUCGAAACCACGCCACCUGACUCAAUGACAGGCCCUAUAAUCUAACGCACACGCUAAACCAUGCGGCCACCCCCUGAUAACACUAGGACGGUAUUUUUUAAAUUUUUUUCUAUUGACGAUAGAUCUUCAAGAUAUUAGGAGAGUAUUUCCCAUGUG